CCACUACCACCUCCACUACCACUACCACUACCACCUCCACUACCACCUCCACUACCACUACCACCUCCACUACCACCUCCACUACCACCUCCACUACCACUACCACUACCACCUCCACUACCACUACCACCUCCACUACCACCACCACUACCACCUCCACUACCACCACCACCUCCACUACCACCUCCACUACCACCUCCACCUCCACUACCACCUCCACUACCACUACCACCUCCACUACCACCUCCACUACCACCUCCACCACCUCCACUACCACCUCCACUACCACUACCACCUCCACCACCACCUCCACUACCACUACCACCUCCACUACCACCUCCACUACCACCUCCACUACCACUACCACUACCACCUCCACUACCACUACCAACUCCACUACCACCUCCACUACCACUACCACCUCCACUACCACCUCCACUACCACCUCCACUACCACCUCCACUACCACCUCCACCUCCACUACCACCUCCACUACCACCUCCACUACCACAACCACCUCCACUACCACCUCCACUACCACUACCACCUCCACUACCACCUCCACUACCACCUCCACCACCUCCACUACCACUACCACCUCCACUACCACCUCCACUACCACUACCACCUCCACUACCACCUCCACUACCACCUCCACUACCAACUCCACUACCACCUCCACUACCAUCUCCACUACCACCUCCACUACAACAACCACCUCCACUACCACCUCCACUACCACUACCACCUCCACUACCACCUCCACUACCACCUCCACUACCACUACCACCUCCACCACCACUACCACCACCUCCACUACCACCUCCACUACCACCUCCACUACCACUACCACCUCCACUACCACCUCCACUACCACUACCACCACCUCCACUACCACCUCCACUACCACUACCACCUCCACUACCACUACUACUACCACCUCCACUACCACCUCCACUACCACCUCCACUACCACUACCACUUCCACUACCACCUCCACUACCACUACCACCACCACUACCACCUCCACUACCACUACCACCACCACUACCACCUCCACUACCACCUCCACUACCACCUCCACUACCACCACCACUACCACCUCCACUACCACAACCACCUCCACUACCACCUCCACUACCACUACCACCUCCACUACCACCUCCACUACCACCUCCACCACCUCCACCACCACCACCACCACCUCCACCACCACUACCACCUCCACCACCUCCACUACUACCACCUCCACUACCACUACCACCUCCACUACCACCUCCACUACUACCACCUCCACUACCACCUCCACCACCUCCACUACUACCACUACCACCUCCACUACCACUACCACCUCCACUACUACCACUACCACCACCACUACCACCUCCACUACUACCACCUCCACCACCACCACCACCUCCACCACCACUACCACCUCCACCACCUCCACUACUACCAUCUCCACUACCACUACCACCUCCACUGCCAUCUCCACUACUACCACCUCCACCACCUCCACUACUACUACUACCACCUCCACUACCACUACCACCUCCACUACUGCCACUACCACCUCCACUACUACCACCUCCACUACCACUACCACUACCACCACCUCCACCA